AUGAACCAAUCGCAUUAUACUCAGCCCGAGUAUUACGAACAAUGGCCCACUCCAAACGCGCCUCCGGCGAGUUCCGUUGAUAUUUACGACGACCACUCCUCGUCUAUCCAACGCGCAGGGCUCCGGCAGACACAUUUGUCUGCGCAGAUCCAACAACAGCAGAAGAAGAAGCACCGGCCCAAGACUAUGCUCUUUGCGCCGGACCCGAACGCGUCGCUGAUGCCUCCGGUGGGGCCGUACUACGACGCUUCAAGGGGCCACUCUGCUGGAAGCUUUGGCAGCGUGGGAAGCGCGUCGAACGGGCCCGGGCCGUACGCAUACCACGAGUACUACCAGCCACACACCCCGUAUGCUGGUUCGCAGCACUCGUUGCCGUAUUCCGGCUCCCAGGGCUCGCUGACCGGCGCGCCUGGCCAAAGACCCGUUCCGCAGUACGCCCGCAGCCAGAUGCUGGGCCCCGGUCUGCGCAAGGCGUCGCCGGCCACUCCUGGCGGCGGGACCGCCAACCACGCCGCAAGGCUCUCGAUCAACUCGGCUCUCUCGUUUGUCGGGUACUCUCCCAAAAGACCCACCGACUCCGGUACCCCGGACUCCACAGAUACACGGGACUUUGACAGCGAGUACAGAGACACCAUCGACGACGACUACCAAACCACCAUGGAGAUGUCCAAGCUGAGCGAAGAGGUGCGUUCGUUGCAGGUGCACAAGUCCAAAAGCGAGCAGCUGGAGCAGACGGUUGGUGUUUUGGAGUCCGAGAACGAGGCAUUGAGAAAACGCGUCCAGGAGCUGGAGGCCGAGAAUGCACAGACAGAAAAACUCCACCAUUCGCAUCAGGACUCGUACAAGUCUACGAUAGUGUCGAUGAUCAGUCUUCUUCCUGAUUACAUCAAAAAUAAGCACCAUUUCUUAGAGUUCACGAAAUCCGUCCAGUUGGACCAGCAGUUCGAACAACAGGUGUCUGAUGCUGCCGAAAGCUACACCGAGCGGCCCCCAAGCGAGGCCACCGAUGAAAAAGUGCUGGAAAUGUUUCGCCAGGAAGUGCGGUCGUUAAACGAGACGGUGAUCCAGAUGGAAAAACGCAAGCUCGAGACAGAAACCGUGUUGAAACAACAGAUCCAGGCCGGAAACAAGGCCAUCAAACGACUGGCGACCCGGUCGCUACUUCAUGGCGGCACAGGCCCGGCCGGACUGCGCAGAGAAUUGCGGUUCAUCGAUAUCGUAGAGCCUCAAUUGAACGUGGAAGAGCUCAAACAGAACUCUCUACAAGUGUCAAAAAUGGAGAAAGUGCAUUAA